CCACCACCCUUUUCCCCGUUAUUUCUGGAACAGACGUCGUGUUACAUUCUGUUCGUUGACAAAUUAGUCAUUCAACUGUUUUGGUUUAUUUUUCUAAACUCCUAAUAGUUUUAUUCACCAGUUACAAACAGCUUUACCUUGGAGUCAGACUUGUUUUGUUCAUGAAAUGAAGACCUUUCCGACCUCGGCGGUCUGGUGUUUUGGGAUUCUGUUCAUCAGUGUUUCAUUGAUAACGACAGGGUCGUCUGAGGUUCAGGUUGUUGGACCGGCCGACCCAGUCGUUGCCUUAGCUGGUGAUGACGUCAUUCUGCCAUGUUCCCUGAAACCCAAUGUCAGUCCUGAGGACAUGGUAGUGAGGUGGACAAGAUUGAACCCGACAGCAGAAAACGUCCACCUUUACCGUCAAGGAAGAGACUCCUAUGAGGAUCAGUCUCCAUCCUACAGGGGAAGGACAUCAAUGUUUCAUGAAGAACUGAAGAACGGCAUCGUCUCCUUAAAGCUGAACAGAGUUACUCUCUCUGAUGCUGGAAGCUACAGGUGCUUCAUCCCAACACUGACCAGCCGGGUGAAGGAAACCUCCGUUCAACUCAUUGUUGGUGCUGUAUCCCAGCCAGUGAUCUCUAUUGAUGGAACUAAAGACUGGGGGGUGGUCCUGAAGUGUGAGUCUGGAGGCUGGUUUCCUGAACCUCAGAUGGAGUGGCUGGACAGUUCUGGAACCUUCCUCCCUGCUGAUGGACCUCCAGAGAAAUACAGAGACUCAGAGGGCCGCUACGCUCUGAGACGACAUGUCACUGUGAACAAGACUGACACCAACAGGUUCACCUGUAGAGUUCACCAGACGGAGAUCAACCACCUGAAGGAGACAGAGAUCCAUGUCCCAGAUGAGGUGUUUCCUAAAUCACAAGUAGGGUUGAUUGUUGGUCUAAUAGCAGCAGCAGUUGUAGUUCUUGCAGCUUCAGUUGGUGUCUACAUGUGGAGAAAACAUACAGAGAAGAAGCGUAGAGAACUACUGGAAGAACAAGACAAAUUGAAAAGGGAAGUGAAGCGUGAUGUCUGCUUUGUGAACAUAAACGUGGUUUACCUCAUCCAGAGUGUUACCAUGGCGAUUCCCAUGGCAUUUUACUUGAUCCGUUCUGAGACGUACUCUAGGAUCCAUGCUGCCAUGACCAGACAGGACCAGAUGGAACUGUUGUACGAGGCUCUAACCUUUGGAGGGGUAAAAAUGAAAUCAGACUUUUACAGGAUUCUACUGGAUCUGGAACCUGACCUUGUCAACGACCUGGGAGCCAUAUUUGUGGACAUCCACAAGGAUCAACUCAUUCAGAAGGUUACCAAGGUGAUGCCCAUCCUUCAUGAGCUGUUCUAUGAGUUGUACUGUAACAUCAGGAUCCAACAGAUGACCAGCCAGGACCAGAUGAGACAGUUGUACCAGGACCUAGAAGUAGCAGAAGACUCAAGAAGUGUGAAAUUAGACUUUUACAGGAUUCUCCUGGAUCUGGAAUCUAACCUUGUCAGAGACUUGGAUUCAAGAGAGGAAGUCCAUUACCUUUAUGAUCUUCAAAACCUGACUGGACAGCUGGUACCCAUAAUGCAGCAUGUUUUUAUCUUCUGCCUUCUGUCUACAGAGAAGGUUAUAAAACAGAGGGAGAAGUUCAGAAAAGAAAACGAUUCAAAUGAGGAAGAACGUUACCUUUAUUCAAAUGAGGAAGAACGUUACCUUUAUGAUCUUCAAAACCUGUCUCGACAGCUGGAGGAGGUCAGAAUAGAGAAUGAUCUUCAAAACCUGACUGGACAGCUGGAGGAGGUCAGAAUAGAGAACGAUGAUCUUCAAAACCUGACUGGACAGCUGGAGAAGCUCAGAACAGACAACGAUGAACUCAAAGAAGAACUGAGGAAAGCUAGAAAGACCAUCCAAUCCCUCUCCACCUCUCCAGGAGGUCAACAGGAAACACAGACUCCUUCCCAAAAGUCUAAGAGGAUUCAAGGGAUUAAGUAUUUUCCAGGGAGGAAGUCUUUUCCUGGUUCAGGGAGGAAGUCUUUACCUGGUUCAGGGGGGAAGUCUGCUCCUGGUUCAGGGGGGAAGUCUGCUCCUGGUUCAGGGGGGAAGUCUGUUCUGGAGAUUCUACUGGCUGCUGGACCACAGAAUGAUGAUCUGGAUGAGAUGGAGAGGGGAGGAAGAGUUACUAUAGACAAUAACUCUAUGCUAUAGGGUUACUAUAGAGAGACUAUAACUCUAUGCUAUAGGGUUACUAUAGAGAGACUAUAACUAUAGAGCUGAGUUACUAUAGAGAGACUAUAACUAUAUGCUAUAGGGUUACUAUAGAGAGACUAUAACAAUAUGCUAUAGGGUUACUAUAGAGAGACUAUAACAAUAGAGCUUGAAUGGAAUAAUGGACUAAUGUCUCAUUAUUGUAAUGUAUCAGGUAUAUCAACCAGACCACAGGACUAAUGUUUCCUGUUACAGACUCUCUUAUGUCCAGUACCUGAUCAUCAGGUAUAUCAACCAGACUAAUGUCUCCUGGUAGGAUCUGGUACAGACUCUCUUAUGUCCAGUACCUGAUCAUCAGGUAUAUCAACCAGACCACAGGACUAAUGUCUCCUGUUACAGACUCUCUUAUGUCCAGUACCUGAUCAUCAGGUAUAUCAACCAGACCACAGGACUAAUGUCUCCUGGUACAGACUCUCUUAUGUCCAGUACCUGAUCAUCAGGUAUAUCAACCAGACCACAGGACUAAUGUCUCCUGGUACAGACUCUCUUAUGUCCAGUACCUGAUCAUCAGGUAUAUCAACCAGACCACAGGACUAAUGUCUCCUGGUACAGACUCUCUUAUGUCCAGUUAGAAUUUGUUGAAAUGUUUAUAUUGUAGCUUCAACCUGUCAGCUUCUAUUGUAGCUUCAACCUGUCAGCUUCUAUUGUAGCUUCAACCUGUCAGCUUCUAUUGUAGCUUUAACCUGUCAGCUUCAACCUGUCAUCUUCUAUUGUAGCUUCUAUUGUAGCUUCAACCUGUCAGCUUCUAUUGUAGCUUCAAUCUGUCAGCUUCUAUUGUAGCUUCAACCUGUCAACUUCAACCUGCUUCUGUGAACAAGACUGAUAAAACCAUUUAUUGAAAUGUUUAUAUUUUAGCUUCAUGUCAAUGUGCCAGUUUUUUAUUUGACUUUAAGUGUUAAAUUUUGCUCUACUUUUUUAUUGUCACCUUGAUUAUAUACAGAGGGGUCAAAUUAUUGACACCCUUGCUGAAGAUCAUGACUAUAUUAAAUAAAUAAUGUACUGACCUAUUGUAUGCUCAAAAUACAUUGUAAAUUAUAUUAUUUUAAAAUAAUAUAAUUGUUCAGAGAAAUAUAUGUUUGUGUAAUGUAUUUUUGUUGUAAAAGGUUAGGGGUCAAAAUGAUUGACAGCCAAAAUCUACAGGAGUGUGAUGAUGUCAUUGCUAUGAAUAUAGAACCAGAUACUGACCUUGUGACUAGUUUAUUACUCUUUAGGGGGGUCAAUCAUUUAGAAAAUAAAUACUACUUGUUAAACUAAAUAUUUUAAUCAGAUCAAUCGUAUUAGUAUAAAAUAAUAUAAUUUACAUGUUGUUGAGCAGAUGAUAGAGCUCAGUAUUUAAAUUAUUCAUCUAUAAGUCCAGACCCACUGUAUAUUAUAUAUUGAUGUAUUUUAUACAGUCAUUAUUAUCUUUAUCAAGGGUGUCUAUAAUUUCAGACCCACUGUAUAUUAUAUAUUGAUGUAUUUUAUACAGUCAUUAUUAUCUUUAUCAAGGGUGUCUAUAAUUCCAGACCCACUGUAUAUUAUAUAUUGAUGUAUUUUAUACAGUCAUUAUCUUUAUCAAGGGUGUCUAUAAUUCCAGACCCACUGUAUAUUAUAUAUUGAUGUAUUUUAUACAGUCAUUAUUAUCUUUAUCAAGGGUGUCUAUAAUUCCAGACCCACUGUAUAUUAUAUAUUGAUCAUGUAUAUACAGUCAUUAUUAUCUUUAUCAAGGGUGUCUAUAAUUCCAGACCCACUGUAUAUUAUAUAUAGAUGUAUUUUAUACAGUCAUUAUUAUCUUUAUCAAGGGUGUCUAUAAUUCCAGACCCACUGUAUAUUAUAUAUUGAUGUAUUUUAUACAGUCAUUAUUAUCUUUAUCAAGGGUGUCUAUAAUUCCAGACCCACUGUAUAUUAUAUAUUGAUGUAUUUUAUACAGUCAUUAUUAUCUUUAUCAAGGGUGUCUAUAAUUCCAGACCCACUGUAUAUUAUAUAUUGAUGUAUUUUAUACAGUCAUUAUUAUCUUUAUCAAGGGUGUCUAUAAUUCCAGACCCACUGUAUAUUAUAUAUUGAUGUAUUUUAUACAGUCAUUAUUAUCUUUAUCAAGGGUGUCUAUAAUUCCAGACCCACUGUAUAUUAUAUAUAGAUGUAUUUUAUACAGUCAUUAUCUUUAUCAAGGGUGUCUAUAAUUCCAGACCCACUAUAUAUUAAUGUAUUUUAUACAGUCAUUAUUAUCUUUAUCAAGGGUGUCUAUAAUUCCAGACCCACUGUAUAUUAUAUAUUGAUCAUGUUUAUACAGUUGAAUGGUAUUUUCCAUGUAUUGAUGAUUUAUUGUUUUAAUAAACUAUGACAUCAUUGUGUCAGAACGUGA